AUGUUCUCUAAGUUCACCUCCAUCUUGCAGCACGCCGUGGAGGCGCUUGCACCUUCUCUUCCUUUACAAGAAGAUUUUGUUUAUCACUGGAAGGCAAUUACCCAUUACUACAUAGAGACUUCAGAUGAUAAAGCCCCAGUGACAGAUACAAACAUUCCAUCACAUCUGGAGCAGAUGUUAGAUAUAUUGGUCCAAGAGGAAAAUGAACGGGAAUCUGGAGAGACGGGGCCGUGUAUGGAGUAUCUGCUUCAUCACAAGAUCUUGGAAACGUUAUACACCUUAGGGAAAGCUGACUGUCCUCCAGGAAUGAAACAGCAGGUUUUGGUGUUCUACACUAAACUUCUGGGAAGAAUCCGGCAGCCACUGCUUCCACACAUUAAUGUGCAUAGACCAGUGCAGAAAUUAAUUCGACUUUGUGGUGAAGUUCUUGCAACUCCAACAGAAAAUGAAGAAAUUCAGUUUCUUUGUAUCGUGUGUGCAAAGCUGAAACAAGAUCCCUAUUUAGUUAAUUUUUUUCUUGAGAGUAAGCUAAAGUCAUUGGCUUCCAAAGGCGUACCAGAUGUAACUUCAGAGGGCUCGCUGAAAGGUCAAGAUGCCUUGUCAACAGAUACGGGACAGGCCCGUCAGCCAGAGGAACUGUCUGGUACUACAGGAAUGGAACAGACAGAGUUAGAAGAUGAGCCUCCUCACCAGAUGGACGAUCUGUCCACCAGCUUGGACAAUCUCAGUGUCACGUCACUGCCAGAGGCCUCCGUGGUUCGUCCAAACCAGGACUACAACUUAGUGAACUCUUUGUUAAACCUUACUAGAAGUCCUGAUGGCCGAAUAGCUGUGAAAGCCUGUGAGGGCUUGAUGUUGUUAGUGAGUCUGCCAGAGCCCGCAGCUGCAAAAUGCCUUACCCAGAGCACUUGCCUGUGUGAGCUGCUGACGGACAGGCUGGCUGCCCUGUACAAGGCCCUACCUCAGUCUGUGGAUCCGUUAGAUAUUGAAACAGUGGAAGCAAUUAACUGGGGCUUGGACUCCUAUAGUCAUAAAGAAGAUGCUUCAGCAUUUCCAGGAAAACGAGCCUUAAUUUCGUUUCUUUCCUGGUUUGAUUAUUGUGAUCAGCUCAUUAAGGAAGCACAAAAGACUGCUGCUGUUGCUCUGGCCAAAGCUGUUCAUGAAAGGUUUUUCAUUGGUGUGAUGGAACCCCAGUUAAUGCAAACUUCUGAGAUGGGUAUUCUGACAUCAACUGCUCUGCUGCAUCGCAUCGUCCGGCAAGUCACCUCGGAUGUUCUGCUUCAAGAGAUGGUGCUUUUUAUCCUCGGAGAACAGAGGGAACCAGAAACACUGGCAGAAAUCAGCAGACAUCCUUUAAGACAUAGGUUAAUUGAACACUGUGACCAUAUAUCUGAUGAGAUAAGCAUAAUGACAUUAAGAAUGUUUGAACAUCUUUUACAAAAACCCAAUGAGCACAUUCUUUACAACUUGGUCCUAAGAAAUCUUGAAGAAAGAAAUUAUACAGAAUAUAAGCCUUUGUGCCCAGAAGAUAAAGAUGUGGUAGAGAAUGGAUUGAUAGCAGGAGCAGUAGAUCUGGAGGAAGAUCCGUUGUUUACUGACAUUGCACCAGACAAUGCUUUGACAGCCCAGGAGUGGCUCAGUUCUUCACCUCCUCCCACUCCUGACCACCCCAAAACGGAUGGGAAAACUGAGGUCCAUAAAAUCGUCAAUAGUUUUCUCUGUCUGGUACCAGAUGAAGCAAAAUCAUCCUACCAUGUCGAGGGCACUGGAUAUGACACCUACCUCCGAGAUGCUCAUAGGCAGAACAGGCUGAAUGAUCAACCAUAUGAUGUAAAUUUACAAGUCACCUCGGUGUUGUCUAGACUCUCUCUCUUCCCCCAUCCACACAUACACGAGUACCUUUUGGAUCCUUACGUGAACCUUGCUUCUGGCUGUAGAUCUCUCUUCUCUGUCAUCGUCCGGGUUGUUGGAGACCUUAUGGUUCGAAUCCAGCGUAUUCAAGACUUUACUCCCAAACUUCUGUUGGUCAGGAAGCGAUUACUUGGUUUGGAACCCGAAGGCCCUAUUGUCGACCACGUCACGUUGCUCGAGGGUGUGAUCGUGCUGGAGGAGUUCUGCAAGGAGCUGGCGGCGAUAGCGUUUGUGAAGUACCACGCUUCCUCCACGCCCUGA